CCCAUUUUGCAGCAGUCGGGGCCGCACACACAUUUGAGGAACUGCUCCUGUUGUUGUUGUUUUUCCCCCCCCCAGGAUGAUUCUGUACAUUAUUACACUCGUGUUGGGAAGUUUGCUCAUUAUUCCCUUCACAGUCAAAACUUUUUGUCCCCAUGUGUGGAUGGAUCUUCAGUACUGUGGCUUAAUGCUGCGCAUUUUGCUGAGGUUUGUGUCCAGGCGGAGGAGGAGACCUUACUUCUUCGUCGUGGACCGUUUCUUGGAGCAGAGCGUGGCGCAUCCACACAAACCCUUCGUCGUGUUCGAAAACGAAACGUUCACGUUCUCGGACGCGGACGCGCGGAGCAACAAAGUGGCCAACGCGCUGCGGUCGCACCCCGGCUACAGGGCGGGAGACACCGUGGCACUUUUCAUGGGGAACGAACCCGCCCUCUUGUUUACCUGGCUGGCUUUGGCUAAGUUAGGUUCGCCCGUGGCUCUGCUCAAUCACAACAUCCGCUCCAGGUCUCUGCUGCACUGCUUCAGCUGCUGCAAGGCGCAGCUGUUGAUCGCAGGCCCAGAGUUGAAGGACGCAGUGGAGGACGUGCUGCCCGCUCUGACGGAACAGGGCGUCACCGUGCUCCUCGCGACCAAACAAUGCGACACACCUGGAAUCCAGAGCUUCGCCGACAAAGUGGACGAGGCGCCGGACGCGCCGCUCCCUCGAUCCGUCAGGUCACACGUGACUUUCAAAAGCCCCGCGGUGUACAUUUACACCUCUGGAACGACAGGUCUCCCUAAAGCAGCCUUGGUCAAUCAGAACCGCCUCCUCACAGCUCUGGCCAUCUUGUCGUCCAACGGUGUCUCGCUCGAUGACGUCAUCUACGUCAACCUGCCUCUGUACCACACGGCUGGAUUCUUGAUCGGCCUCAUUGGCUCCAUAGAGACCGGAUCCACCAUCAUUCUGAAGAGGAAGUUCUCUGCCUCUCAGUUUUGGGACGACUGCAGGAAACACAACGUGACUGUUGUGCAGUACAUUGGGGAGGUGAUGCGUUACCUGUGCAGCACACCAAAGAGAGAGAACGACAAGGACCACAAAGUGAGAGUGGCCAUCGGCAAUGGGAUCAGAGCCGACAUAUGGAGAGAGUUUCUCAGUCGCUUUGGUGACAUCAAAGUCCAAGAGUUCUACGCCUCCACCGAGGGAAACGUGGGAUUCCUCAACUACGCGGGAAAAAUCGGCGCCAUCGGGCGCGUCAACUUCUUUCACCGGAUGCUGUUUCCUUACACUCUCAUUAAGUACGACACAGAGCGAGACGAACCGGUCCGAGACGCUAACGGCCUCUGUGUGGAAGUGCCCAAAGGGGAGACAGGGCUGCUGGUGUCCAGGAUCACCAAAGUCGCUCCCUUCGUCGGUUACGCCCACAACCGGGAACAGACGGAGCGCAAGAAACUCCGCGACGUUCUCAAGAAAGGAGACCUCUACUUCAACACUGGAGACCUGAUGCGGAUCGACCAGGACAACUUCAUCUACUUUCAGGACCGCGUGGGCGACACGUUCCGGUGGAAAGGUGAGAACGUGGCUACGACCGAGGUGUCCGACAUCCUGACGCUCAGCGGCUGCAUCCAAGAAGCGAACGUCUACGGCGUCCAAGUGCCAGGGCACGAGGGGCGCGCAGGGAUGGCGGCUGUUACGCUUACGGAAGACGCCCACUUUGAUGGAAGUAAAGUGUAUCAGCACGUGGUCACUUACCUGCCUCCAUAUGCCCGCCCUCGCUUCAUACGGAUACAGAACGCUGUGGAGGUGACCACGACGUUCAAGCAGAUGAAGGUGAAGUUGGUGGAGGAGGGUUUUGACCCGGCGCGUGUCCGGGACCCUCUUCAGUUCCUCGAUGACAAACAGAAGUGCUACGCGCCGCUGACCGCUCAGACGUACUCCUCCAUCUUAUCUGGGAGCACGAAGCUAUGAGCGAAGGGCUCUCAGCCUUUUUUCAGACACGCUGAACUUUUCCAGCUCAGGGAACAAAUCUCACCUUUAUCAAAAGCAGCAAUGCCAGUGUCAG